AGUAUUCUUACAUAACCUAGUAAAGAUUCAACAAAAAUUGGACCAUGAAAAGAAACCGGAACAAGCCAGACUUUUUCAAAAUUGAAGAUACAAUGAAAAAGUUGAAAAAGGAUGAAAAAGCGAAAGAUGUUAAAGUACCACAUGUGAAUAAAGAAGUCAAGCCACUAAGAAGAAUUAUUCUUCAUGAGAAUUUGCUUGUUUGGGCCAAAUUCAAAGGAAUUGGUUGGUGGCCUGGAAGAAUUGCAGACAGGAAAGAAUUGAGUGGCCCAUUAGAUUUACCUGAUGAACCUACAAGAUGGGUUCACUGGUUUGGUGACCACAAGUAUUCUGAGACCCAUGUUGAUAAUAUCGCUGCCUUCCAUGAAUUUAGCAAAUUCUACAACGAGAAGAAAAUUAAAAACAGCAUUGCAUACAAAUCAGCUGUUACUGAAGCGUUGCAUGAAGCUGCACAAAGAUCAGGCAAAAAAUUCGAAAACGAUACAGAAAUGGUUGAAUGGGCUUUGAGAGAUUUCUUGCCUGGUGGAUAUCUUGCAUUUAUGCCAAAAAUAAAGACUGACAUUAUUAACUGCACAGAAGUUAUGACACAAAACAAAAACGAAGAUAGAACUAAAAAAGCAUCUCAUGAACAAUCAUCACAAUCCGUAGAAUCAGAACUUCUUCAACAGCGAAAUAUGAUGUUGUGUCAUGUGAAAGAGGGUAGGCUGAAAAUCCAGGAUAUUUGUUUGGGAUGUGGAGAUCAAGAUGUGAAAGCCAGUCAUCCAUGUUUUGAAGGUGGAUUAUGCAAUGCUUGCGAGAUUGACUACACUGAAUGUAUGUAUUCUCCAGACCAUUAUGGAUGUUCAUCAUAUUGCUGUGUUUGUAGUGGGGGAAAAGAAGUACUUUUAUGUGAUGAACCUGAUUGCACCAAGUGCUUUUGUAAGGAUUGCAUAACUGGAAUGGUUGGUCCUCAAGCUCUCAAAAAGGAUCUUCUUCAAAAAUGUUGGCAAUGCUACUUGUGCAGAGAAGCUUCUCAGCACGGCCUCCUUGUCAGACAUGCAAAUUGGAAAUUAAUGAUGGAUGAAAUUUCGAAUAAAUGUGAUGAUAUUGUGUACGCUACAAUAUUACCUAGCUACGCACUACAGAAUGGAUCAAAAAAGAAAAUUAAAGUUUUGUCGUUGUUUGAUGGAAUUUCAACCGGAAUGGUUGCUCUGAAAGAGUUGAAUUUUAGCAUAGAUGAAUACUAUGCAUCCGAGAUUGAUCAAAAUGCAAUAUACAUAUCCCGAGCUCAUCAUCCUGAAAUUCUGCAUAUUGGUGACAUCGUAAACAUCAACAACAAAGAGCUGUUGGAAUGGGGGCCGUUUGAUUUGCUAAUUGGAGGAAGUCCAUGCAAUGAUUUGUCCAUUGUGAAUCCUGCUAGAAAAGGACUUUGGUCAGAAAAGGGUUCCGGUCACCUAUUUUUCGAAUUCUGGAGAAUACUAAAUACAUGUAUGUUGCAAGCUUCUGUGCACCAGAAACCUUUUUAUUGGCUUUUCGAAAAUGUUGUGCACAUGGAUCGAAAUUCAAAAGAUACAAUAUCAAGACUAUUGCAGAAAACUCCAGUAUUGCUAGAUGCAAAGAAGGUAUCCCCAGCUCAAAGACCUAGAUUGUUUUGGGGGAACAUUCCUAAGAUGGACAGAGACCAGCCGACAUACAAUUAUAAGUGCAAAGUGAUGCUCAUGAUUGUAGCUGCUUUUAGUCUGUUACUGUGACUCCAAGAGACAGGAGGCUGGACGCGGUGUGGGAUGGACGUGUUGCGGCUCUGAAACGGUGCCGAAGAUAACAACUCUGUUACUGAACGCGGAAACAACUAGAUAAACAAAGUUAGAAACAGUUAACAUCUUAAAUUCUUGCCAGUUUUCCUGACCUUCCCAUUCGUCUGUGCGUUCAUUGUUUAUGUUUUGUGUGUUCAUUGUUUUUUUUUCUGCGCGCUCUUACUCCAUAGUGACACCUUGUGUCCCAUCACUAAUUAAUUAAUAACUCGCUAAUUAUACGACAUAAUUCGCCCAAAAUCAAUAGGCUUCUGGUCCGAGAUAUGAUGAAUGCACAUGAAAAAUCUGGAGCAAAUUCAUCUCGUGUAAGUAAUAAAGUUAUACUUAUUAUAGUGUACAUGCCUGCCACCGCACCAUUCAACCAGGAGAUAUUCAGGAAAGGACAAUUUCGUCUUAUUAAUAGGCAGACGUAUCUCAACGUCUUUCUUUGGCCCGGGAUAAAUUUGUAAACCUAUAGGGCCAGACAGAACAUACGUUAGUGGUCUGUUUGCUAUGUGAUUAAACCAUACCGAAAACCUCGGUUGUAUACAGAAAACAAGCGUGAAUAAUUCUUGAGAUUUUUCCGAAGAUAUUCCACCAUACUUUGUACCGAAAUGAUCUUUCUGACGACUGUUGGCUUAUUACGCCAAGCUUAGGAACACAAUGCUAAAUGUGUGAUUGCGUAGGAUUCAUGUGUUUACACGUAGUGGUUGGUUAGAUAUUAUAAAUGAUAAAUUUCGUGUGACCACGGCUGGCUUUCUGUGUCAUCCAUGACCAAGCAUUGGUCUGAUCUCAUACUUGAUGUACAAGAUUUACCGUGUAAUUAAAUUAUCAAUUUUUAUCAUGGAUAAACACGAUUAUCUCGUUUAUAGUCGAUUAUCCAAAAUCCGCAUUCAGAUUUUAUUUAGUCAACAAUAGCGCACAUGGGACGUCACAAAUUCUUCAGGCAACAAUUGCGGAUGCGGGAUAGACAUAAUAAACCUACAAGACUAUUUAUUGACUGGUUUUGCUUUUAAACUCUGGCUAGUAUAUAUAAAUUGCGAUUUUUCAUGAAAUGGUAGAAAAACUGGUGUACACAGUUUUGAUUGUGGUGGCAUUUACUUAAAACAUUGUAAAAAUGCCGGAGAAUCUUCGAUUUCAUUACAUAGAAAUCGCUCAAACAUCUUCUUCGUAUUGAUUUUAUUUCUAUUAAUAAUACACGAUCUGUGCACUAUAAAAAAAAAAUCGUUAAAGUGCCCAUCAAA